AUGGGGUCUCAAGUUAUCGGUGACAAUAAUAGUGAAAACCAUUCGCAAUUCCAGCCUUUGGCGCGGCAAAAUUCAAUGUACAAUCUUACCCUCGAUGAAGUUCAGAGUCAAUUAGGUGACUUGGGAAAGCCGCUAAGUAGUAUGAACUUAGAUGAGCUUCUGAAAAACGUAUGGACUGUCGAGGCAAACCAGUCCGUUCAAAUGGACAACGUGAACACAGCUCAAACCGGACAAGUUGUUUUACAACAGCAACCUAAUAUGUCCUUAACCGGUGUGUUAAGCAAGAAAACGGUUGACGAGGUUUGGAGAGAUAUCCAACAAAGCAAAGAUCACGAGGAGGUGAGGUCUCAAGAGAGACAAUCUACUUUGGGAGAGAUGACGUUAGAGGAUUUUUUGGUGAAAGCAGGCGUUGUUUCGAUUGCAUCUUCUAAUGGAAAGAAUACUAACGGCCCUAAAGUUGAUAAUGUUGAUUCAACCCUCGUGUUACCGCAGUUUGUUCCGCAUGGUCAGUGGGUGCAGCAGUAUGCACAGGCACAUUAUCAGCAUCCGCAACAAAAUGUGAUACCAACUUAUGUUCCAAGCCAGAUCUUACCACAGCCGUUGCACAUGGUGUCCAGUUCUCCAUUGGACGUUGUUCCAUAUGCAGACGGUCAGAUGGCAUUGGCUUCACCUGCGAUGGGAAACAUAUCAGAUUCAAAGAAGUCAGGUAGGAAACGGGGCUUACCAGAGGAUGUAUCUGAGAGGACGGUCGAGAGGAAACAGAAGAGGAUGAUCAAGAAUCGAGAAUCCGCUGCCCGUUCAAGAGCAAGGAAACAGGCCUACACAACUGAAUUGGAGAUCAAAGUCUCGCGCCUCGAAGAGGAAAAUGAAAAGCUGAGGAAAGAAAAGGAACUUUCGAACAUGAUAGCGAAUGCUCCGGAGCCCGAGCCAAAAUGUCAGCUUCGUCGUGUAUCUUCGGCUUCAUUUUGA